CAACCCGUCCCUGCUCUAAUUAAGCCCUGCAAAACCUCCAGCUGGAAAGAGCUAAGGUGUUCCUAUCGAAUUUUGAGAAUACGAACGUCAAAUAAUAAUCCGAAUACUUAGGUACAACAAUAAACUCAAUUCAUUCAACUUCCAACCACUUUCAAGUCUCAAUUCGAACGAAACCACAAACAUCCUCGACGAUGGAACUGCAUUAUGAAUCGCGGUAAAAUGCAUUUCCAGGAGACAGCCGGUUUAUAUACCGCCGCUGCUCUACUGCGAUUAAUUCUAUACGCUUUCUUUCCUGCACUGCCAGAUCUGCUGACUGACCGAGUCGAGAUUUCGACUGCUGUGACGAGCUUCAAGAGACUACAAGAAGGCCUGUUUUUAUAUAAUCACAAUGUCUCGCCUUAUGAUGGCGGCGUCUACCACCAAGCCCCGUUACUCCUCCCGCUCUUCUCUCUCCUCCCAGACCCAGCAACGUAUCCCAUAUUCGCGUAUAUUCUGUACAUUAUAGUCGACCUAUUAAGCGCCGACGCGCUCUACAAGAUUGCGGAAUCAGGCGAAGCCAGCGCAUCGCGACUCUUUACCUCAGCUCGCAAAGAUAGGAAGUGGAGCGGGUACAUUGUUGCAGCUAUCUUUCUCUUUAACCCUUUCACAAUCGCAACAUGCAUGGCCCGACCAACCAAUGUCUUCACUACAUGCGCCAUCCUACACGCAAUAGCGAAAGCGAUAUCAGGCAACCCAUUUAACUCGAUGCUCGCUCUUUCGUUCGCGACCUACCUCUCUAUGUAUCCAGCAUUACUUCUAGCACCGCUCAUACUACUUGCCUAUGACCGGCAACACGCUUCAAACAAGACAUCGUCUCUGCUACAAUUUGCAGGCCUCAACGUUGUAGCAGUCUCACUCUGCCUCUCGGUCUUAUUUGGGGUCUCUUACCUCCUCACCGGGUCCUGGGAAUUCCUUGCCUCGACCUACGUCAUUCAAUUGACGUUGACGGACCUCACCCCUAAUGUCGGGCUUUGGUGGUACUUCUUCGUCGAGAUGUUCGACAGUUUCCGGGCUUUCUUCCUUGCCGUAUUCUGGCUCCACCUCUCGUGCUACGUGGGCGGACUCUCGUUCCGCAUUCGCACACAACCGCUCGCCGUACUCACCAUAUUACUCGGCAUCUUCGCUAUUUUCAAACCAUACCCAAGUAUUGCCGACACGAGCUUAUUUCUCGGCAUGGUGCCGCUGUUUAGACAUGUGUUCCCGUUAUUACGAUACAGCUUUUUAUCUACGUCCACUAUGCUUUACUCCACCUUUCUGGGACCCUCAUUCUACUACCUGUGGAUUUACGCUGGUAGCGGAAACGCCAAUUUCUUCUACGCCAUCACUCUCGUGUGGAGUCUUGGGCAAAGCUUACUUGUCAGUGACCUAGCAUUCGCAGUACUCCGUGAUGAAUGGGAGCUAGAGCGCCCUGAGAUGGUUGGGAAGGAAAUCCGACAGAUCUAGUAAUUGUGUCGUGACUCCCCCCUGACACGGACGGUGUAAGAUGUGUAAAAACUCCAAGUCACAGUAUAGACUAUGUCAGAAUGACGAAGGAGACUGAAGUGUAUCAUGGAUAUCAUAGAAAUACAAUAAAGUUACUCUGAAA